AUGUCUUCAGUGGGGAAGAUAUUGGGGAUGAAUACUGUUCUCUCCAAUUCAUUGCUAAUUGCACCAAUCCCUAACGACACGCUCACUUCUUCCACCGCUUCCACGUUGUGUGGAGACCCUGUUCAGCUCACACUUACACCCGAUGGACGGGUGAUGGAUGGAGUAGUUAAAACCCUUUAUUCCAGUAGUAUCUAUGAGAGUGCUUUUGAUUUCCCUGAUUUAAGUGGUUCAAUGAAAGAGGAGAUGCCGAAAAUGAUGGGGCGAACCGCAGGCUGUGGACGACUCCCAUCAACUUUGCCAAGCCCAACAACUACAGAAACAACAACAACAACAACAACAACAGAAGCCAUAACCACAGCGACAACACCUGUACGAACAUCUCCAGAAGUUAUUCAGAGUAGUGGUACACCUUCCUUCUUUCUACAGUCUUACAGGACGAAACCCAACGAGGAAUGGAAUGUUAUGGUGAGUUCCUUUACACUCUCCAUCCCAGCGGAGAGAACUCCCGCUAAUGUAGGAACGGAAAUUACACAAAACCGAUACCCCGGCAAUAGUAAUAACACCAUCAUGGGACCUGUGAGUACAAGUGUGAUGUACACAACACCUCCAGAGUCGCAGCAAACACCAAUGGACACCACACAUGCUGACGUACCGCCCUGUACGAUACCACCACUACCACCACCUCCACCUCCUCUGCCAAUGCACCAAAAUUUUUUAAUGUUAAAUAACUCAGUGGGUCCACUUCAUGUGUGUUCAGCAAACAGCAGUGUGAAUUUGUCACAAGGACUUUCCUACAGCCUUGGCAACCAUCUAACUGACAUUGAUGGUGAAUUCAAUAAGAGUUUUAGUUACGCAGGGGUAAGGCAGCCAAAUACAAGUCUGACUAUCGGCUCAGUAAAUACCCCUUUGCUCCACCGAGUAUACCUCUGCGGCCAACCACCACCACCACCACCACCACCACAACCACUGCCACCACCACUACCAACAUUUGAUGGUUUGGUUCAGAUUAGGUGUUUUCCCGACCCAUCUUGUGUUAACACAAAUCUUCCCAAAGGUAAUGUGCACGGGGCCUUACAAGGUGCGGUGCGGUACGUACCGUAUAACCUGACACCAUUUAUGAAUGAUGUUUCCAUGCUACACAAGGUACCCACCGUAAGGAACUUUGGCGGUAUGAAUAUAAAAAAUGCAAAUAUCGUCACUAUAAAGUCUGGAGUGAAUAAAUAUGAGGAACUACCUAUCUUUAUUCAGAUGUUUCCUUGUGAAUUACGGGAUCGAACUAUAAUUGUAUUGAAUCGCGUUGUGGAGGCUACAUGUGGCCCUGACAUUGCUACAGUUGUUGGAAUUGAGCCACGGUCUGAGACAUCAUUUAUUGCCCUUGUGCGAACAAAUGAAGUGUGGCAUUUAAUUCACAAACUUCGUUGUCGUGUGCUGAUGGAUCGCCAUGGAUUCUGGUAUGCCGAAAACUUUGAUCAGUACAUGCGACUCAAAGAGUACUGUGAGGGUGUGCGCCGGCUUCCGCAACAGAUGCGCCACUUUCAGACCGACGGCCUACCGUGCAUGCCGCUGGUGGUGGAGUUAUCGCGUAGUGUAGAUGCCGCCGCCGUGACGUCCCCGUCGGCAGAGCCGUCAUUUGAUAAAGUUGCACCCAUCGCCACGGUAGAGCGACAUCGUGUAAGGGCACAACGACGAUAG